ACUUGCUGGCUGGAUAAUCACAGAGACUGACUGUGAAGUCGUGGCCUCAGCUCUGAAGUCUGACCCCUCCCAUCUGAGAGAUCUGGAGCUGAGUCACAUCCCUCUGCAGGAUUCAGGAGUGGAGCGUCUGAUUUCUGGACUAAAGAGUCCAAACUGCAGACUGGAGGCUCUCAGACUGAGGGGCUGCAGGUUGUCAGAGAUCAGCUGUUCUGCUCUGAUCUCAGCUCUGAAGUCCAACAUCCAUCUGAGAGAUCUGGACCUGAGUGAGAACGCUCUGCAGGAUUCAGAUGUGGAGCUGCUGAGAGAUCUUCUGGAGAGUCCAGACUGCAGACUGGAGACUCUCAGUCUGAGGAGCUGCAGUUUGUCAGAGAUCAGCUGUUCUGCUCUGGCCUCAGCUCUGAAGUCCAACAUCCAUCUGAGAGAUCUGGACCUGAGAGAGAACGCUCUGCAGGAUUCAGGAGUGGAGCUGCUGAGAGAUCUUCUGGAGAGUCCAGACUGCAGACUGGAGACCCUCAGGAUCAGAGAUGAUGAGACGAUCAGAGCCAAGAUCCAGAAGACCUGAACUCCCAUCCCCCGAGUCCUGCGGCAGGAAGCGCUCCUUCUCUCCAAGAACUCCUGGACCCUGCAAGCUGGUCCAGAACCAGAGUCCCAGUGAGGAGUCCAGCCAGUCGACCUCUCAGAGUUCAACUAAACUACAACAUUAUUAAAGAUCAUGUUUAAAGUUAAAAAAGGAUGCUUUCAGACUGAAUCCAGAAGUUUCUCCAGCUGCAGUCAAAGCAGAUCAUUUGAGGAAUAUAUAAAACAAUUAUAAAACUGUAAUAAGAAUUACUCUGAAUACUUUCUUUGGACAUUUUAUUUACAUUUAUUUUAAUCAAAUGCUUCUGACUUUCUAUCAGAGUGCUUUUCUCCUGAAUCAACGACUUAACUCUUCUUUCUUUUCUUGUGUAUUUCAUAAACAGGAUGUUGUUGUUUGUCCUUAUAUCCUGAUUGCUGAGUCAGCAGUACAGCAGCCAGGCGGUAACGGUCAGCUGGCAUGUGUAUCUGUUCAUUGGCUCAUAUGUAGCAUGUUUAAUGGCAGUGUUUUGAAAAUGGCUGCCAGGUGGAUAUGUCAGAUCUCUGUGUGUUACUCAGAGAGCCGUGUGCAGGGUUUUAGAAAGUGCAGAGUUGAAUUGCAGAUUGUGUGCAGAGCUGAAAAUGUGUUUAGAGUUCUGUUUGAUUGAAUCCAGCCAGUGUUGCCGCAGCAAAGCAUAAGGGCUCAGAGCUCAGACCUAUUGUGUUCACAUUAUAUACGCUUCCUUUAGGCAAUAAGGAAUCACUCUGGACAUUUUCAUUGUUAUGCGGAUGAUACUCAAUUAUACACAAUAUAGACAAAAGUAUUGGACCACCUGCACAUUAGAGAGAUACCGCAGGUCCUUCCUUCCUGCAGCGGUCAGACUAUAUAACCACCACGACCCCUAGUAGACCCCCCACACAACAACACAGACUAUAACACCCCUUGUUGUUAAAUACCAACUAUGUGCAAUAUAUACAUAUAUAUAUAUGCCGUUAAAACUAUGCAAUAUAUACCUGGCUGUUAAAUCCUCAGAACUGGUACAGCAUGUGUAUUUUGUAAAAUGUGUAACUUUUUUUAAAUUAUAAUUUCUUGUUUUAAUCUUUAAUACUUUGUUGUCUGCAUGCUUUAGGGAACAUGAAGCUGUCUCUGGCUCUUUCUGCUGUAACAAUGUACAUCUCUCCUCUGGGACUAAUAAAGGGAUUCUGAUUCUGAUCACACCUACAGGAGCUUUCAGGACAUCCCAUUCCAAACUCUUAGGCUUUCAUUUGAACUUGGUCCCCCUUUGCAGCUAUAACAGCUUCCACUCUUCUGGGAAGGCUUUCUACAGAUCUUGGAGUGUGUCUGUGGGAAGCCCUUUCAUCCAGAAGAGCAUUAGUGAGGUCAGACACUGGUGUUGGACGAGAGGCUGGCUCUCCGUUCUAGUUCAUCCCAAAGGUGUUCAGUGGGUUGAGGUCAAGUUCUUCCACACCAAACUCAUCCACCCAGGCCUUGAUGGAGCUGCUUUGUGGGGCUCAGUCAUGCUGGAACAGAAAGCUUCUCCCUCCCAAACUGUUUCCUGGCUGUUUUCCACCAGAUUGAGACUUGAGUUUCUUGGUGUUUUUCACAACAAAUAAAAAUGCUCAAAAACUAAAAA